GCCAAAAGGGUUGAGAGGCUCACUCUAGCAAACGGAAAACUCAGUGUAACUGAGGCUGUUCGUAAGGAUGCCGAGAAAAAUGCAGAGGUCGAAGUGGAUCUUGUUGAUGUUGGAUUGUCCUUCUCCGUUCGAUUUGUCAAGAAGCGCCACCUUGACAUGUCCUGGAGAAAGGUGUCCAUGCAGCCUACCAACUCACAUGGCAUCAUAGGUCAGUUCAUGCGC